UUGUACCUACAUUUCUAUUAAGGUUGAAGUAAAAUGUCAAAAUGUCCAGUGCAAUGCAAUUCAUGACGAAAUUUUCGCAACCAUAACGAAAUAAUCUUAUCGGUACUAAAACAAUAGCAUUAUAAAACAAUUCUCUUUAUUAACAUAAUAUACUAAUAUUAUGUUAUCGUGCUAGUGACGUUUCGUUUCGUACGCGUACCCGUCGAUAUUCCGAAGCGAAGAGUUGUACAAUAAUAUUUAUUCAGUUGUAUCCAAAUCGUAAUUUUUACGUCACUGUAAAUAAUUUGGCAGUGUUCCUCUGUUUGUGGUGUUUGUUGACUCACAAUAGCUUUAGAAGUGGCGUUGGCAACAAGCUAGUAUAAAAGUGACCUUGGGUGUAACAAUAACAGCUGUUUGCAGUCAUGGAUUCAUUUUUUAGUCUAUUUGAUCCCUCAGAGGGUAGUCAAAAUAAGCCAAAAAAUAAAAAGAGGCACAAACCCGAACAGGAUACGGUUAAGAAGAAACCAGACGCUCCUAAAGGACGCAGAAGAGGCCGCAAGUCAGCGGUAAAGAACGAAACGCUACCAGAAGAAUCAUCGUUCCUCUGCGAGCCGGAUCUCAGUACCGAUCUCCUAGUUAAAGAUGUUAGCUAUAUAGAAAACUUUAUUGAGAUUAAUAAGAAGGAUGAUGAUAAAACAGACCCCGAUAAGAAACCGAGACGAAGAAAUUCAGGUCGUAAAUGCAGACGGAAAAAGAACAAAAUAUCCCCUCUGAAAGACCUACCCAAUCAAGCUUGGGGUGAAAGCAAUACAGAAAAUAAUGUCGAAACGAAAAAUUGGAACAACCAACUCUUAGUUCAAAAAAUAUGCGACGAAAACGUCGGAAAGAAUGUCAACGAUUUAAAAAAUGAAAUGAAGAUUAAAAAUAAAAGGAAUGAAGUGUCGACUAUAGAAAAGUUUCGCGAUAGGGAAGUGUAUAAUGUCAUCGAUAAAUUGGAGAAGGUUAUUUUAAAGGAUGACAUGUACUUGGCCGGCGAUUUCGAUACUAAUGAUUUGGAGAAUGAUUUCUUCUACAGUUCUGAUGAUUUGGAGGAUUUUAUUGAUGAUUCUACUUCUGAACCUGAUGAUUCGGGCGAUGAAGUCUACGGCAGUCUUCCUCCAGAGCCUCGCUUCGGUAACGUCGAGUACAAAUUGCAACUGGUCUCACUGUGCGAAAGGAGGUUUCAACAUCUAGUUACACAGCUAAAAUGGCGUCUACGAUCGGGUGGUGGCAGUGCAGUCUAUGUGCUCGGAGUACGAGACUGCGGAGCUCUAGUCGGGCUCCGAGCGAGGGCUCUGCGUGGCUCUCUCGUCACAUUACGAAGAAUGGCCGGGGCCCUUGGCGCUACACUGACACACGUGACCGCUCGACGAGUAGCACCUCAUCGAGCUGUCGCUGAAGUUUAUGUUAGAAAGUUACCUGAUCCGAAACAGAGCGUGGAACUGAGAGUAGCCGUGAUGGGAGCCAACGAAGCUGGCAAGUCCACUCUCAUAGGAGUACUGACGCAAGGAGAACUAGACAAUGGUAGAGGCAGUGCACGUCUGAACAUGUUCCGUCAUCUGCACGAGGUCAAGAGUGGGAGGACAUCGUCCCUCAGUCAUGAGAUACUCGGCUUCGAUGCUCAGGGUAAUGUCGUCAACUACGGAUGUUCAGAGCUUAUGACGGCUGAGAGGAUUGGCGAGAGGAGUGCCAAGUUGGUGUCGUUCUUGGACCUGGCUGGGCACAGCAAGUACCAGCGAACUACUCUGCACGGCCUGACGGGGUACUCCCCCCAUUAUGCUAUGCUUGUGAUCUCGGCGACGGCUGGUAUAACGCCAAUCACGGAGGAGCAUAUUGGUCUCCUGUCAGCGUUGGACCUUCCAUUCUUUGCGGUGAUCAGUAAAUGCGAGCUCGCCGCCACCGCUGUGAAGACCCUGACUGCUAGACUAGCUGAGUUGCUAGCUGCUAGUAAUAAGAAACCUCUUCUGAUCACUGACGAGAAUCUAGCCAGAAACUGUGUGGCUCCACAGAAGUUGAUAAUAGACUCUUUGGACCAUACCAAGUCUGAAUCUAUUACGGAAUCCUCGGUGAUACCAGUUUUCCCAGUGAGCAGUGUCCGAGGCGUGGGGCUCCGCGCGUUGCAUGCCUACCUACUGGCGCUUCGCCCCCCACAGCCCGCGUCCUCACACACCCAUGAUGAGGAAACGUGUGAGUUUCAAAUCGAUGAGAUAUUCCACGUGGGAGACAAUUCGGGUCCUGUGGUGGGAGGCCUUCUGGCGAGGGGUCAGCUGAGGGAAGGAGAUAGCGUUAUUAUAGGACCUCUGGAAGACGGUUCGUUCGCGAGCACAGUAGUCCGCUCUAUAUAUCGCAACCGCGCCCCGUGUGGCUCGGUGCGAGCGGGUCAGUGCGCCAGUAUAGGGCUGGCGGCGGGGGCGGCGCCCCGACCAGGGAUGGUACUCCUCGCUCCUCCACGCCGCGCCCCCAGGAGACCUGCGUUUGGAGCCUGCGCCCCAGGACAUUGUAAACAAGCUAACCAGCUAAAGCAACUAAUAGAACAGAAUCUAUGUGAAAAGGCGAAACAUCGUAAAAGUGUUCGAAGGAAAAAUAAGAAUUUGUUGCGAGAUAUCGAUUCAGAAGAUAGUCUGACUAAAGACCUAGGUAUGGACAGUAAUAGUUAUGAUGAUGAAGACAAUGAGGGAGCUUUCGAUGACUGUAUGUGCGCUGACAAAGUUCUCCUAGAAGACCCCAACGAUCCUAGAGGAUGUAUCUACUUCCAGGCGUCAGUCCACGUCCUUAGACACUCCACCGUGAUAUACCCUGGCUUCCAGUGUACGGUCCAUGUUGGGAACGUCAGGCAAACUGCUAUCAUAGAGGGUAUAAUGUCUCUACACAACGUGCUCCGAGCUGACGAGACUGCGUCAGUGCUGUUCCGUUUCGUCCGAUGUCCGGAGUACUUGGUCAGAGGGAGGAGGUUGCUCUUCACUGCCGGCUUGGGGACCAGAGGCAUCGGUCGCAUCACUCAAGUAUUCCCAUACGUACCUUGAACACAAUCCAAUCAAAUUCGGUCAAGCAGUUUCGUCUAUUACGACUUUAUAAUAAUCUAACAGAUCUGUUCUCUCGCUCUAACGUAGUGACGUUCUCGUGGUAUAGAAAAGGGUGGAAGAUGUGGUUUUCUCAAGUUAUACAAGAAUUAUUUAGAUUUCUUAUCCAAUAAGUCGACAGUAAUGUUUUAUUUGACCGAGGGUUCAUUUUUCUAUAGUCAGAUAAAUGUUAUCUGAGGAAUAAAAUUGUUGCUGUCACUGUCUUAUAACAACAUUGUGACGCGACAGCAUCAUAAUUAUUCCCCAGGUAACUUUUAUCUAACCAUUGAAUAUCACGCCUUACAUGGAAAGACUUGCUAAUAUGGUUUUCUUUCAGUUAAUCAUCAUUUUAAAAACUUUUUAAUCUAUAUGAAGAGAAAUUAUUAUGACGUAACAAAUUGUGUAGUUUCCUAAGUCAAAAAUAAAUUAAUUCGACGACGUUUCAAUACAAUAUUAAAAAAAUAUUGAAAAAACCUAUACUUAACUACUUUUAUUCAUCGAUCGAUCGAUACAUUAAAUUUUCGAUAUUUUUAUUAGCUAUUUUUAAGUUCUAAGUAAGCUAUUUGACGCUAAAAUACUAUGACGACAUAAUUUGGAAGUUUCAUACAAAUUUCUCGUAGAAAAGUAUCGUUUUUGACAUUUGGAUAAAAGUAUUCAAUUUGACUAGUUGGAAACUACCGUAUUGUGAAAUAUAUUUUUAAGUAGCUGAGUAUUU